UAUUUUAAUAAGUUUCUAUGUGACAUGAAUUUAAAUUACUGAACUAGUAUAUUCGAAAUGAGAUGGUUAGGAAAAACAAAUUCAGUCGGUCUGACGUGGAAUUGUCAGAAAAUGCCACGUAACAUAAAGAGGCACUACUUGGAAUGUCUGACUUAUGGUUCAAGUCGGUUUGAGAGCUUCAUAUUUUCCAUGUAUAUCCUAUUAAUGGAAGCAAGUACUUGCCCAAUUCACUUCAAAUAGCUGAACUUUCCAGUUUGCGGUUAUGGCUCUUUUGCAGAAAGCGUCAACAGCAAUUUCUCGUCCUGUUUUAGUCUCUUCCUUAAGAUCAGCUGCUUCAGCUAUUCACACCACCGCACCAUCUCACACGGCUUUAUCCUCAACGCCACCGACAGAAGUCGGGAGUUCACAGCCGCCGGCGACAAAAACGCCGACGUCGCCGGCGCUACCUAAAUCUGUAGAAUAUGUGAUUUCUAAGGUAGAUGACUUGAUGAAUUGGGCCCGACGUGGCUCCAUAUGGCCCAUGACUUUUGGCCUGGCUUGCUGUGCUGUUGAGAUGAUGCAUACCGGUGCGUCCAGGUAUGAUUUGGAUCGGUUCGGUAUCAUAUUCCGACCCAGCCCGAGACAGUCCGAUUGCAUGAUUGUUGCUGGUACACUUACCAAUAAAAUGGCCCCUGCCCUGCGAAGGUAACUACUUCGUCAAUCUAUAAUGGAUUGUGUUAUGCCGAAAAUUAGAUUGAGAAAAUGUAACAAGGCGUACAGGUGGCAAAAUUAACUCAAUUUUAAGUAACC